ACUUCACCUCCUCCCCUCUCAGUUUCUUCAGGGCUGAAAGGCCAGUGAUCUGCUUUCUGUGAUCAGGUAGGUUGUGGCUUCCUGGUAUUCCCACGGGAACGAGGGCUUCCAGGGGAAAUAUCAGCUUCCCCAGCACUGUCGAGGACCCAGCUGGUGCUGGUUCUGUCACCACAAGGUCCCCAGCAGCUUCAGCUCUGUGGUGGAGGCUGCAACGUGCCCAUCUGUGGCUUUGCAAGUCUCCUUCCUCCUCUGCAAAACAGCGCAGUGCAAAGCACCGAAGUACAAAGCUGGAGGGUUUACAGCAGUGUGGUGGGGAAAGCAUCCUUCAGCUAAAAUCUGUGCAAUAUGGGUCACUCCCUGCCCUCCAGCCUGCCCCCAGCUCAGCCUGCUUACACACUGUUGGGACAGACAAAUUUCCUGAGGUGCCAGCUAGAUGCCUUAAGACUGAGGGAAAGCCAAACCAAGAUAAACCUGAUAUAGCUGAGUGCUUUAAUUUGCAGGAAGAGCUGUGCAGCAGCAGGCUGGUUCCCAGCUGAAUCUUUCUUGCUGUAUCAAGCAUAAAUUCAUCAGGUAUUCCAUUUCCCAGGGGGGAAAAAAGAAAAAGCAGAAUAAUUCACUUGGAAAUAAAGAGUGGAGCUAUUUUUCCCUCUAACGUGGUGAAUGCAAUUACCUAAGGCAUGGGAGGCUGAGAUAACUCACUUAUUCAACCCCCACUCUCCAAAGAAACCAUCAUCAUUCUGUCAGAAAAGGCUUUAAACCCCAAUUCACAUCCUGAAUGCUAAAACAUCACCACAUACAGACGCUGUCCUUAUGAUUUCCAUGCACCAGCUGCUGCAUCACAGGCAAAACACACUCAUAGACAGGCCAGAAUUUAUUAGUAUCAAGGCCAUAUACACUGUGCAAGCUCCCUGUGUUUGCUGACACUUUUCCCAGUGCUGUUGGUGCCUCCUUGUCCUUCAGGAGCAAUUCCUAGUGAAGCAAAGCACACUGGCAUCCUGUUAGUAGUGUGUGAGCCACACUGGGGCUGGGAGGAUGUGCAUAGGGGAUGAGAGUCUCAAGCUGUGUCUGUUUGGAGAGCUCAGUGCAGGCAAGCCAUAAGCCUGUGAUCGCCCCCAAAUUUAAUUCCAUUUAGGCAGCACUCUCCUACCUCUUCUGCCAUUACAUAAUGGGGAGUGGAGUAAUGACUUUCAGCAAUGCUGUUUGAGUGGCAGCAGUCCAAUUCUGGACUAUAUUUUUUUUUUUAAUGGUGGGGGGAGAGCAGGUUGGCAGAGGGGAGAAAGCAUCCGUUUGGUUCAUCUGCAAUCCCUGUUCUGCUUUGGGAGCUUUAGAGGACAGACACAUUCUUCCAUCUCCACUAAUCCUCCUCUGAUACAGAGGAUUUUCCUGCCAUUAAAUGAUAGCUUGUGAGAAAAAAAUGCCAACUUUUCAGAGACUGACUCGCGUGGCUAAGGGCAGCCUCAGGAGCAGGCGGGAGGACACAGCCACUGCCUGGCCAGAUGACAGGAACCUGCCCUGGGCACAGCUCGUGGGAAGGAUGAGGAUGAGCUCCUGAAAAGCAGUGGCACAAAGCUGCAGGAUUCCCUGAGAAGAUCCCUCAAGUUUGCUUGCCAGACCUGAAAUGCCACUAGAGAAUAAUCAAGGUUAUGUUUGCCAUCAUUCUAAAUGUGAUCCUUUGGGUCCCACAGGUCCAUGGGGUGUGGCCCUGCGUGCGCUCCUGCCCUCCCAGCUGUGUGUGCACACCAGAGCGGAGCUGCUCUGUGCUCUGCGACCGCGCUGGGCUGGGGCAGAUCCCCAGCGAGUUCCCCUGCGAAGCCUCUUCCAUCAACCUGGACAAAAACAGCAUCAAGUUCCUGUCCGAGAGGGCUUUCGGGACGCUGCCUUCCCUCAAAUCCCUGUCGCUCAACCACAACAACAUCUCCUUCAUCACUCCGGGGGCGUUCAAGGGGCUGCCCAGCCUGAUGGAGCUGAAGAUGGCCCACAACGAGUACAUUCGCUAUCUCCACACUCGGACCUUCACCGCACUCCGGCGCCUCGUGAGGCUGGACCUGGCUGACUGCAACCUCUUCAACAUCCCAGACAGGAUCUUCAUCGAGCUGCCUGCUCUGCAGGAGCUAUUCUGCUUCCAGAACAACUUCCGAAGGAUCCCAGGUGCCAUCAGGGGCAUGGAGAACUUGACCCACGUGUACCUGGAGAGAAACAGGAUCGAAGCGGUGGCCUACAACUCCCUGCAGGGCCUGACCAAGCUGAAAUACCUGAAUCUGCAGGACAACAAGAUAAAUGUCAUCCACGAGCGAGCUUUUCAGGGCUGUCAGAGGAUGGAGUACCUGUACCUGAAUGACAAUUUGAUCAGUGAGCUUCCAGAACACUCCUUUGAUGGCCUGAGGCGCCUGAAGAUGCUCAACCUGGGGGGGAAUUUUCUCAGGAACAUUUCCAACACCUGGUUCAGGGACUUGGGGGAGCUGGAGUUCCUCUACCUGGACCGCAACAGGAUCAGCUACAUCGAGGAAGGGGCUUUUGAGAACCUCACCAGCCUGGUUGUGCUGCACUUGAACAGCAACAACCUGACGACGCUGCCCUUCUCCGUGUUUGAGCCCGUGUACUUCCUGGGGCGGCUGUACCUCUUCCGCAACCCCUGGGAGUGUGACUGCCGCAUUGAGUGGCUCAAGGAGUGGAUGGAGAACUACAGGCUCGUCAGGGAUAUUCCGUGUGCCUCCCCCUCCUCAGUGGCUGGGAUUGACCUGAUGGACGUGCUCUUCGAGAGGUCUCCCGAAGGUUACUGUCUCGACCCUGUGGAGCUGAACAUGACAUCUGAGGGGCCGACCCCAAGCGAGGGGCCUUGGUCUACCACAGAGAGCAAGUUCAACAGCCUUAUCUCCAAACUCUUGCUCCAGAUGGGCCUUCCUGAAGAGGUGGCAAAUGCCACCGAAGUGUACAGUAAUGCCACGCAGCUGGAUGGACAGACUGAAGGGGUUUCUUCUGGCAUGGGGGAAGACAGAAUCGAGGCUGACUCCUCUUCCUUGUACCUCCCAGCACUUUUUACAGUGAUUGUUCUGCUGUGCAAAUAGUCCAAGGGCUGUAUGGAGCAGGAGCGCUGCUUAAGCAUUUAGUCCCUGCACCUACUUAGUCAUCAGAGAAAAGUUUUUUUGUGGGCCUCUGAUACAUAAUGGGAUCCAGAUUCUUCCAGGUUGAGUUUGUUGGAUCUGGCUCCAGAUUCCCCUGGGAGCUGAUAGGAUGUGGGUCCUGGGUGGUAAACCUGUCCUAUGGGUGUCCCACAGCCUCCUGGAUACUCAAAGGAAGAUGAAUACCACUAAGUUUGAAUUUUGCCUAGAAAUGUGUGAUGUUCCCUUCUGGGAAUGAAGAGGGGUCUGUCUUUGGGGUGUUUGUUCCAUGGGCCAACUCCAGGUGACCCAGCUUCAUGAGAGCAAGAUGAGGCAGCAAAACUGAGCCCCUCUUCAUGUCCUGACAGACACCCACACCCCUGGCAGGCGCUGCUGAACGAUGGGAAACUAUUCCUGAUUUCCUCCAGCAGGUACAGAAGGGAGCAGGGCAAUCCUGGGUAACAUCCAGGGAUGCAGCAUUAGGCCUCAUGAAAAGGAGGAAAGCACCUCGGGAGGGCACCUGCCCCAGGCAGGUCUGGGAUGGGCACGGUAUUUUGGCCUUGACCACAGGCAGGAUUUUGAUCCAUUCUCCCGCCACUCUCCUGGCAGUGGUGCAGGAAGACCAGAUGGACCCGUGUUUGUCAAAACAUUCUUCUCUGAGGCAAAGCUACUUAAACUUAACCUACUAAUUCAUAUGAUUUCAAUGUGGUUUUCAAUGAAUAUAUUGUUUCAAGGAAUACAUUGUUUUUAUUUGUAGAUUGUUUCAUGGCAUGGCAGCAGGGGCAGAGCAUGCUGAAGACGAAUGCAACCAGGUCCUAUGAAAUAUUUUGUAUUUCCACCACUAAUAUGUACUGUGUAGUGUGUCAUAUUAUUCCAUACUGAUAAUUUUCUUUUAGACGGCAUCUUAAGUGUUUUUAUCUUUGAAAUCUCCAAUGAAAGCUGCUAAUAUAACCAGAAAGAAUGAUGUUUUAUGUAUCAAAGCAUAUUAAUAAAAUAAUUUGAUAUUUUACUCACAAAAAUAAAUUAACUGCUCAAACCUUGGGGUUUUUUGGA